CCACGUUCCGGGGGCGAAAAUUUCGUCAACCGUGGUUUCUCUGUCGGAGAUCAUCGUCGUGAAAACAAGAAACUCGAGAAUCGAUCUCGAGGAUCCUCGGCGCGAUACGGAGGUCCCGGCCAGGAGAGAUCUCCGAAGGAUUCACGGUUUUUUUUUUUCUUCACCGAGAGACACAGCCGAUUAAAAUGGCAGUGACUGGCCGAGUCGGGUGAUUUCGACAAUAGAAGGGACAAUAGAAGAGGCCGCAGAGUACGCGCAGGAUCAAGAAUCUUGAUCCUUGAAACCCGAUUGCUGAGAAAACGUUACGGAGCAAGCACGGACGGAGGGAUGACACGGUGCUGCGCGCUGGUGCGCGAGAUACUUUGCUGAUCGCCGGAUUCUGCACCCCGCCGGGUGACCGCGCGCGCGGGGGAGCGGAGGGGGUGGAAAAAGAAAAUCGUCGUUGGUAAGUGUCCCGCUUGCUAUUGAUUGCAUUAGAACGACCGAUGACGCCUCCUGCCCCGUCUGCGAAUGGCGGCGGUGCCCGUUAGCAGAGAAACGCGAUGAUGAAAAUGAAGAUUCUGAUUCACUUGAGAACACGGGGAAAUGAAAUUCGGAGUCAUCAUAAGGGACUGAGGGUAAGGAGCAAAGAAUUUGCUGGCUGAACCGAGAAAGCGUUGUCGCGAGAAAUGAGAUCUUACGACGGUGAGAGCAGCUCGACGGAGGACGAUGAUCGCAGAGAGGGCCUGCCGGAGGCGCAUCUGCAGCAAGGAUCCUGGCAACGCACCGCGUCACAUCCUACCUGGGCCUGGGAACAUCGCAAUGCCCAUCCACUGCCUCCACAAUCCGCGGCAGCCCUCGAAUCCGUAUACUCAACACCAGGGGCUUCGCACCCGGGCGUCUCGGGUCCUCCGGCGGCGUACUCGUCGGAGCACACUCAGAGUGCACCAGGACGAAGAACUCCGUUGGGUACCGUGGGUCUCGGUGGCUUCUACUUUCAGCAACAACCGCAACCCCAUGCUUCAUCGAGCGCCUUAUCCGACGAAAAUCGACCGGAUGAGAGGCCCACGGGCUCGCGACUGAACUGCCCGCCGAAGUCGAAGACGACUCGUCAGGGGAAGAGCGUGAGACUGAACAUUAACGCGCGGGAGCGCAGGAGGAUGCACGACUUGAACGACGCCCUGGACGAGCUACGCUCCGUCAUCCCUUACGCUCACAGUCCCUCCGUGAGAAAGCUGUCCAAGAUCGCCACCCUCCUGCUGGCGAAGAACUACAUCCUCAUGCAAGGAAACGCCUUGGAGGAGCUCCGGAGGGUGAUCGCCGUCCUGCAAUCGCCGCACGCGCACACCACCGCCCUGCCGCCCACGCCGGUCUCCUACGACCUCCUGCAGGGAUUCCCCGGCAAGCUGUUCCAGGGGGUGCAGGAGAUGCAGGGGCUACCUGCGAACGAGCCUCAGAUCGUGACCGGCCCGCCGACCGACGGCACAGUCGCCAGCGGAGAAUCGAAUUAGGGGAUCGAUUUUUAUCUUUUGUUUUUCUGCGCGACUUCAUCUCUUCUUUGUCUUUUUUUUUCCCAUGAAAGAUCUCCGGAUCGAUCGCACGCAAGCCGCGGAAUUAAACUCGAACAGCGAGAAGUAGGAUUUUAAGUUUUAGAAACAAAAAAAAAGUGAGGAUUGAUUAUUGAGAUAAUUAACAUAAGAUAACGUCGCGAGAUUUUUAGAGGUGGAGAUAUGAAGAAAUAAUUUUAAGGAAUGGAAACGCCUUUGCAGGCCACGAAAGUAUUAAUUACUAGAGUAUUAUGAAGUGCUAAUUAAUUCUUUGGGAAAGGGAGAAAAAGAAAAACAAAAAUGGAUUUUUCUUUUAAAUAUUAAGUACCUUAUUUAUUCUAAUAUAUCAAAAAUCGGAAGGACGGAUUGUACAAUUUUGUUUCUUCCGUACAAAAAAUAAGAUUGAAAUAAACCGACAGAAAAAAGAUGUCACAAAUAAUCAAAGUUAAGAAGUCAGACAACGCCGUCAUUAGUGGAAUGCCGGAAGUGUUUCAAAUGCACUGUUAUUAUAUUGACAUUAGAAUGAUUUUUGUUGUUCUACACAAUGUAAAUGUUUUUUUAAUUAGUAUAAUUAUUAUAUUUAAUUUAUUAGAAAAUUCAAGGCGUGCUAAAAUAUUUACAUAUUUCUUAUUAUAUUAAAUAAAAACAAUACAAACCAUUCUUCUAAUGGCGGCAGUCAAUCCAUAUCUUGCGAUCGUUUGUACGAUCACUUGAGGGUCUCUAAUCAAAGAUAAAUUAAAAAAAAAAUACGGCGAUUUCAAGUAGCACCAAUUCCCUCCAGUGAAUUAAUUAAUUAAGCUCAUCUCGAAGUCGAGAGCAAGCCUGGAAGGAUUCCGCCCGAAAGACGGAAAUAUUGCGAAAGUAUUGCGAAAGUACUAGUGAUUAAGCGGUUAACACUGUCACGAUCUACAGUCAAUAAUGCAGCAAUAAGACGACGGUGGCAUUCUUUUUCAUCCAACGAAUCAAUUCUCGAAAAAAAUGGCAUUCCAAGAGCUCAAUAAUUCCUUAUCAAUUUAUCGAAUACACUUUUUUUGUCAGAAAAAGCACAGUUUUUCUUCUGAAAGAAAAUUCUGCUCCCUGAAUUUGAUCGCAGAAUUGCUUGUCAACUUGAAAAAUGUCGAGGCAGCAAAGAGGACUGAGAUUUACAAAGAUAAAGAGUUUACAGGAAAAAUUCUUAGAGAAACUUAAUACCGACAGUAUUUAUUUUGAUUAAUUAAAUGCUCAUUUUUAAUAUUAGAAGCACUGUUGUUGGUGCUUUUAAUUCAACAUAACACUCAAACACUAACUAAUUAAUCAAAUAAAUGCUAGUAUUAAAUUUCUCCGAGAAAAAAUUUGAAAAAAAAUUGAAAGACUUUGAUUUCUGAGUAUUUUCGAUUUUUUAAUUAAACGGAAGGAUGAGAAUGCCGCCAAGACUCGGGACGCGAAGUGCUCCUGAGUCUUGUCCUGAAACACGAUAGUCAAUAUUAGUAUGUGAUACGUAUGUCGAGGAGUUCUAGUCGUAUAUAUACAACAUAUAAAGAUAUUGAAUAUUCAUAUACACAUAUACAGUAUAUAUAUAUACAUAUAUAUACAUAUAUAUAUUUAAUAAUUUAAACAAGGCAUCGACUUACGACUUAUUUCUAUACUUAAGAAUCUACUAAGAUCUAUUAAGAUUCUAUACUAAGAAUAUACAAUGUGCCAAUAAGGAUUUGUCCGCUUGUCCGAGAAGCGUACGAGUGAGAGAGUGCGAUGUGAGAAGCGAUAGAAAAGCAUGGGAUUGUGGAAAAAGAAAUUAUUUAUUGUGCUAUUUGCAUGUACGAGAUAUCGUGCGGUUUUCUUUUCUUUUCUUUUUUUGUGACACCCUCUUUCGCCGAAGGAGAAAGCGAGGACGAAACAGCGUCUUAACAAAUAUAAGACAAAAAUAUACCUGUUGUAGAAUGUAGAUGAUAAUAAUUGUUUAGUGCUCUCGAAUAAAAUCUAUUUAAGGAAAUCGCAUCUCGAUGUCCAAUACGCAUAUUAAAUUACAUAAUUAUCGAAAUUUUACAUUCUAUAACACUUAAAUUCACUAUAAUCAAUAUUUAACGUUAUGUUACAUUUUUCGCUUCAUUUUCUCUCUAUCAAAUUUCUAAUUUUUAUUAUAAUAAUGUAUUACAUUGUAUAGAGAAUAUUCUCGAUAUUGUAGUAGUAGUCGUGGAACACAACAUAGUAUUUUGAAGAAUUGUAUUACAUUUUUAAGCAAAUUUAACCAAACUAUUUUAUAAUAUAAAAUGGUUUGGUUAAAAUAAAGAAUGAAAAUCAGAUUCAGCAAACGAUAAAAACUGCAAAAGAGCAUAUCGUUUGUACUUGCCACUCUUGACAAAAACCGGUCUGUUUCUUAUAAAUUUAUUCUAAAUAUCUUUAUAUAUUUUAUUUUAAUUAUUUAUCCUAAAUAUUAUAGAGUUAAGAUAUAAGUAAUUAUUCUUUGAAAUACCAUGUUGUCUCAUAAUUUUGAGUAAUUUCUAAGAAAAGCUCUACGUUUAUCAUCUGUAUUUAGACCUAUAUUUCAAAUUUGAUCUAAAAUUAUUUAGGGCAAAUAAUUUUGCUUAACAUUUGGUAAAGAAUAUUUUAUAGGUCUUUAUAGGUCAAGUCUCCCUUUUUAGGGAUCCAAUUUAAUGAACUGAAAGUAACUUGCCCGGAACUUUGAUGUAAACGCACAUUACAUAACCUUUUGAUUACGAUGUGACUAUAAUGAGAUUACAUUGAGUCACAAAAUAUAUCAGGCACAGGUUUCUAAGUGCAAACAGCUUCUGUAUAGUACAAUUUCUUCGAUUGUCAUUUUAAACAAAGAUCUUGCUUUUGCUCAUCCAUUUCCAUUGCUUCUUCUUUUCCAAAGUUGUUGUUUGGAUUAUUUUAAACAACAUUUUUUUACACAUUUUAUGGAAGAUUCGUGUUUCAAAAUGUUAGUAACAAAAAUUUUUAAUAACGACAACUUUGCGAACUUUUUUUCAUAAAUUAUACGUCAUACUUCAUUUUCGCCGCUCUUCAAAGAACAAAGUCCUCUGAAAAAAUCCAAUUUACUUUCAACUUCAAAGUUGCCGCCUUUGAAGUUGGCGCCGCCCGCCGAUUGCAAGUGGAAGCUUCUUUUUAAGGUUACUCGGCCAUCCAAUCCCCGUCAUCAUCGUUUCAAAAGUAUCCAUUUCAUCCAUUUGAAUUCCUUCAAGCGCAUUUCGUCGACGUCGGUAUUGGGGUGUUUUGGUGAAAGUCCAUAAAGGGUUCAUCAAACUUUAUCACACUCCUCUCGCCGUCGGUAACCAAUAUUGAAGAACCAAACCGUAGCAACGGCAACGGUGAUGGCAAUAAAGCGAUGGCGGCGGUCAUGACCGUAUCUAAGAUUCUCGUUUCAGAGGGCUUCUAUUUUUAACGUUAAUAAAUUGUUUACUUUGUAUAUUUUAGAGUUCAGAAUCAAAUAGACUUUUCGUUCCUAAUUUUGAACUUAGAUAGGCCUCCCGUAUGAAACAUAUUACCAAGUAUUAUUAAAAAUAUAAUAUUAAACUUCAAGAUUAAAUAAAAAGAAACGGAAUAAUGAAUGAGCAAAGAAUAUUGUUCAAUAAAAUUUACAAAUGAAA